AUGGCGAGCUUUGGUGCCCGCCGACAGAAGAUACCACGGACAAGCGCUGGCCCUGCACAGCCUUUCACGUACAGCAGCGACGCCAACAGCAUUGAGCUUCAGCCCGAGGCCGCCAUCGACCCACCUUUGCUAUUGCAAACCGGCCCAGGCGACGCCGAGCAAGAGAUGCAGGCCCAGGCUCAGGCUCAGGCUGAGGCUGAGCCGUUUGCCUUCGGAGACCCAACGUGGGGACCAUUCCCCGGGCCGUUCUAUCCCAUCGUCGAUCCCGUGCCGUACGAAAGCCAGAUUCCUCACCUGUCCGCAGGCUUUUGGUCUAAACCAGCCGAUGAGGAUACUGGCAGCACGGAGCCCAGCGAUCAAACAUUGAUGGACGAAGACUCCCUCUACAGCGGGACCGAGAGUGAUCUCGCUUUCCCGACCACUCCGGACCUGUCAUCUCAGCUGCAGGUCGACGACGACAUUGCCAACCAUUUGGCCUGGCCAGACGAUACUGAUGGCCAGCUCAUGCCUGCCAUCCCCUCCCUUUACAACCAGGCACGGCCACUCUCCUCGGGCGUUUCCCAACACCAGCAGCCUCAGCAAUACCCCAUCCCGAGGGAUGUCCACUCUCCCAGCCAGGAACAAUCUCGAUCUGAGCCCCGCUAUGUCCGACGCACCGAGUCUGAGGAGUCCAGCCCGGAAUCAUACGGUCCUAUGCUGGUGAGAAUUCCUUCCCGCACGCGAGCGGCCCUUAGGGAAAUCGGCCAGCUGUGUGCUGAGCACGAAGAUCCUGUCACGGCGUACCAGCACGCCAUUCGCCUCCAGAGGACCUUGGACCCGGCGGAUGAUAGUCAUCGAGAAUUCAUCGAGCGGAGCCGCCGACAUCUGGGUCGGCGGCUUCGAGAGGCAAAAGACUCGGCCGACCGAAAUGCGGUCGUCCUAUUGACGGUGCUGACCAAGACCGAGGGUCCCAUCCCCAUCCGGCUCGGGAAUGAGCGUCUCCUGAGCUUCGUGGAGGAGUGGCCGAAAUGGGAUGCCAAAUCUGCGACAUCAAUCCAAUUUCUGGCGAUCCAGAAGGGAUUUCGAUACACUGCGGCCUGGAGCUUCAAGGCGUUCGAAGCAUUUAUCCAAGGGAGUGAGCUGAAGCUGAAUCCCUCCAUGGUGAUCACAAGACAAAAGGUGAGAAGCCGUACCGAGAGCACGUUCGGAUAG